AUGCUGGCCCUGGAGCGCUCCCUGCUGAGGGGCUUCGUCAGCGCGGCGGAGGCCCUCGAGUGGAAGCAGGGUGAAGUCGCGGCGGCAGAAAGUGGAUCAUUAUUGCAGUUGAUUUUUGAUGGGAAAUAUGAGACAAUAUUUUCAAAUUCUGUCAUCCAGAAUGUUUUCAGUACAUCUUCUGUGACAGAGGAGAACAUUGACGGUUACUUGGAGAAACAAAUUCUAGCAUACCUGGACUGCUCUGCAGAGGCUGAUAACGUGGAAAGGCAGAGGCUGAUGUUUCUGCUUGGUGUGGGCAGUUUGCAGCUCUUCGUUCAAAGCAAUUGGACUGGGCCUCCUGUUCAGUUAAAGCUUCAGGACUUUUUGCCACCCACAUUGUUACAGAAAUUCUGUGAGCCAAAAAUGCUGCAUGCAGCUGUUCUGAAGAUGCUGGUUCUAGAUGGUGAAUCGGUUUAUACCUUGACUUCUCAUCCUAUUUUGCUGCUUAUAGCCAGGAUAAUCCUUGUGAAUUCAAGACACAAACUUUCAUCUCUUCAGACAUUAUCUUGGUGGACUCUAAGAUGUGUGAAUAUUCACCAGCAGUUGUUAGAGGAGAGAUCACCUGAGCUAUUUACUCUUGCUCAGACCUGUAUAAAACAAGUGUCAGAAGCAGAAACUUUGUUCACAGGUGGUGAAAGCUGGCACUUAGCAGUUCAGUUCCACCUUGAGUGUGCCUAUACAUUUUUGUAUUACUAUGAGUACAAAAAAGCUAAACAGUGUUUCAAUGCGGCUAAAGACAUAACAAAACUGCAGAUUAAUCUUACAGGUGCUUUGGGGAAGAGAACACGAUUUCAGGAAAAAUAUGUUGCACAGCUUAUUUUGGAUGUCCAAAGAACAGAUGAAUUCAUCCUUCCUCACAGUGAAUUAAGUCCAGCUCCAACGCCUCUAGAAAACUUAACAGUGAAUUAUGAUUUAAAUGAUGAUACAUUGCUUAAUGAGAUAAAAUUAGCAGAUGCUGAUCAGUACAAGGUACCUGAUUUGUGUGCCGAAGAGCUUGCUGUAAUCCUUGGAAUAUG